AGUUGGGGCAAUUCAAGAAAAUGAUCUGCAUAAAAAAGGAAAGACAGUCCUGCUAGGGUGGGUUAAUAGCAGAGAAAGCUCUUAACAAAAAGAGCCUCCCCCAUAAGCCACUAUUUUUCAAAGUCAAGGGUACCUUUUUUUUAUUUUUGUUGCCCACCCUCUUUUUUUCAUAAUUAUUCCAACUUGAAGAUGAUGAACCGUCGAUUAUUUAGUAGCAGUACCCGUGCUGCCGCCGACUUUUAUAAAAUUACCUUGAAGCGUUCUUCUAUCGGUCUUCCUCAAGAUAUCAAAGCAGCUGCCAAGACCCUUGGACUUGUUCGUCUUCAACAAACUUCAUAUAAGCCUGUUAAUGCCAGUAAUGCCGGUCUUAUUCUCAAGUUGAAGGAAAUUGUGCAAGUUCAACUUGUGGACCAUAUUCCCACCGCACAAGAAAUUGCCGCAACAAAACCCUCCAAAGGUUAUACCAUUGUUGGUAGCAAAAUCUAGACGAGGUGGAUAUUUUUUUUUUUUUUCUUCUCUUGUACAUUAUAAACACACACAAACACACGCGCGCGCGCACACACACACACAACAUAACAGUCCAUCAACAAUUCAACUUGGACGUAGAAAAUAAUAAUAAAAUAAAAUAGAUAGUUAUUUUAUAUAAAGUUAAACUCGUCUUGAUCCUCAAUGGAACCUCUCCUUUUUUUACUCCACUCUUCCAACAUUUCAUCCUCCCAUUCUUCUUUUUUGACUUGAUGACUUAGAUAUUGAUUUGCCUGUAAUUGGUCUGGCACAUCACCCCAUUCUAACGUACCCCAGUCUUUCUCCCAGGUAUUAAUCACAGACCUAUAAAAAGAUGUUUUACAUCUUUUAGUAUGUAUAUAUUUUUGAAAGGCUCUCA